GAUAUAACAACGUGAAAUGCAGAGAAAAGACAUCAAAUCAUAUAUUGUAUGUAUUUAAUGUAUUUCAAAUAAUUGAUCUUAGUUACUAUUUACUAUUAUUUAUAUUAUUAUUCAGAAAAUUACAAAGUAAUUUUAUUUAUAUUAAAUUUAUAUUGCAAUUGAUUAAUUAAAAAAAUUAAAGAUGACACAUUACACAUUACGCAGAAGAAUUUCUCUUCGUGAAUCAUUUCUUGAAGUAUUAAGAAGAAGAUCAGUAGUUAUAAGACCAGUCAAUAGGUUAAAAGGAAUUUAUCUUUUUCGAGCUGCUGUAAGACUUGUCUUGGAAUAUAUUGAAUGGUUGGUUGAAGAACCAGUGAUUGAAGAAGUUAGCGAUGAUAUCGCUAUCAAUAUUCGAAGGGCAGAACAGAAAAGACUUGAAAAAAAAAUGCUUACACUACAGGAUCGUUCUUAUUUGUUGACGAGACCAGAAAAUCGAGCGAAAGAGGAUAGAAGAUAUGUAUAUGAAUUAUUUAAAAAGUUUCGCGUAUUUGUAAAAUAUCCUGAACGUUUGAGAGAAGUUUUAGCGGGAGUAUGCUAUUAUCAAUAUUUACGAGCUGGUCGCGUAAUUGUACGACAAGGCCAUAAACCUCGAAAUCAAUAUUUUAUUAUAAAUGGAGAAGUCAGUGUAACGAAAACAAUUAUUGAUCGUUGGACAGGCGAAACGAAAGAAAUUGAUAUGGGUAUUUUAACUUCUGGUGAUGUAUUUGGUGAAAUUGCGAUGCUAUGUAAUAUUCCAAGAUCAGCAACAGUAGUUACAUUAACUUCAGUAGAUUUGAUACUUAUUCCUCAAAAUGAAUUUGACGAUCUUGUACGACCUUUUUUACAAAAAGAAUGGGACUUAUUACAAGAUGCAUUAAUUAAUUUUAAUUAUUUUAAAUCUUGGGAUGAAAAAACAAUACGAGAAUGUUGCAUUCUUAGUAAAAUAAGAGAUUAUCAAAUUGAUGAGGUUUUAUUAGGUGAUGGUAAAGGAAUGGUGAAUUAUGUUCAUUUCUUAUUAGAAGGCGAAUGUAGUUUAAUAGAACAUAUGAUUGUUCGUGAAAAACAUUCUGUUUAUGGAACUCAUUAUGAAUUAUAUGAUCCCGAAAAGGCAAAAAGUUUAUCAUGGUCAAAAAAUUCAAAAAUAAUUGAAAAAAUUGACGAAUUGGAAUACGAAUAUCAAAAAACUAAAGAAAAUGACAUGGAGGUAGAUGAAGAUUUUGUAGAUUAUGCUCAACUUUUAUUAUCUUCAAAGCCAACUGAUAGAAGAACAGAUCUUGAACGUACAAGCAUUAUUACUACAACAUUAUUGGAUGUAAUAAACCAAUGGCACAAAAUUACGGAUGUAGCAGAAAUGUUAAUGAGAGAACCUUCAUCUAUUUCUCAACAACGUUAUCCGAUUGACGUACGUACAAUAUUUAUGCAAAUCUGUACGUUUAGCAGGGGUGCAUGUUUCGGAUUAGGAGAGAAUAUGGUUAAUCGAAGAAUAGUAGCUAAUACACCCGUAAGAUGUUGUUUGAUUCCACGAUAUUGGUUAAAAAUUCAUAAUCGUGCAAAUAUUUGGGAACGCGUUAAACAAUUUAUGGAUUCAAAAUUUCCUACGAAGGAACAAUUAUUUCAAAACUUUGUAACGAAUCGAAGAUGGUUAGAAUAUAAGAAAAUUUUAGUUGAUGAUAUAGGUGAACGUACAGGUCGACGUAUUCGUAAUAAUGUAACAAUACAUGAUGUUCCUUACGCGAUUAGAAUUGUAAGUGAUAUAGGCGUGGAAAUAUAAUGCUAAGAAAUAUUUAUGAAAUUAAAAUGUUAUUUAUACUUUCUAUACUAAUAACAAAUAAAAAUGUUGUAAAGAUAAAAA